AGGCUGGAACGCCGCACCGGCGGGCGCUCAUUCCAAUCAACGCGCGGCCUUCGUGAUGACGGCGCUCCCUCGAUUCACGUGACCGGUUGCUCCUGCACAUGCGCCGUUACAGGGGGGCGGUUAAGGGGAGCUGAUGUUGUGUUGGUCUGGAGGGUCCUUGUGUCCAGGAAGAGGAUAUGAGAAGAGCAGCUUUGCAGGUAGAGCUUCCCAACUGAGUACCAUGUGAAGGUCUGACAGAGCCCCUUGAUUCGUGGGACAGGAGAGACGUCCCUCUUUCAGUCCAGAAGGGGAAAAUUCUUUGAACGUUUUUGUCUGCUUCAGUAGGCUCUUAAAGUAUCAUCUUUACCUGAACCACACGGGCACGUGCCUGAGCCAGUUUGCCCACUGUGGGGAAAGGAAGUCUCAGGAGGCAUUCCGCGCACCAUGGAGAAACCGUGGAAGUGUGGGGAUUGCGGGAAAGGAUUCCGCUCCCCCUCCGUGCUGGAGAUCCACCGCCGUGUCCACACCGGGGAGCGGCCCUUCACCUGCUCCGUCUGCGGCAAGGGCUUCACCCAGUCGUCCCACCUGCUGACCCACCAGCGGGUCCACACCGGGGAGAGGCCCUUCACCUGCUCCGUCUGCAGCAAGGUCUUCUCUGACUCGUCCCACCUGCUGUCCCACCAGCGUGUCCACACCGGGGAGCGGCCCUUCACCUGUUCCGUCUGUGGCAAGGGCUUCACCAAGUCGUCCAACCUGUUCUCGCACCAAUGGGUCCACACCGAGGAGAGGCCGUUCAGCUGCUCCGUCUGCGGCAAGGGCUUCUCUCACUCGUCCCACCUGCUGACCCACCAGCGGGUCCACACCGGGGAGAGGCCGUUCACCUGCUCGGUGUGCGGCAAGGGCUUCUCUCACUCGUCCCACCUGCUCAAGCACUGGCGGGUCCACACCGGGGAGCGGCCCUUCACCUGCUCCGACUGCGGCAAGGGCUUCUCUCACUCGUCUCACCUGCUCAGGCACUGGCGGGUCCACACCGGGGAGCGGCCCUUCACCUGCUCCGUCUGCGGCAAGGGCUUCACCCAGUCGUCCCACCUGCUGCAGCACCAGCAGGUCCACACCGGCGAGGGGGUCUUCACCUGCUCAGUCUGCGGCAAGGGCUUCACCCAGUCGUUCACCCUGCUGACCCACCAGCAGGUCCACACUGGGGAGCGGCCCUUCACCUGCUCGUUGUGCGGCAAGGGCUUCACUCGAUCGUCCACCCUGCUGCGGCACCAGCGGGUCCACACCGGGGAGCGGCCCUUCACCUGCUCCGUCUGCGGCAAGGGCUUCACCCAGUCGUCCAACCUGCUGCGGCACCAGCAGGUCCACACCGGCGAGGGGGCCUUCACCUGCCUGGUCUGCGGCAAGGGCUUCCCCCACUCGUCCGGCCUCCAGAUCCACCAGUGGGUCCACACGGGGGAACAUCCUUCCGAUAGACCAGAAGUGCACAUAAUACAGAGGAACUUCGAUUAUCCAGAAUUAGAUGAACCAGCACGGUGGCUCAGUGGUUAGCGCUGCUACCUCACAGUACCAGGGACCCGGGUUUCAUUCCUGCCUCAGGCGACAGACUGUGUGGAGUUUGCACAUUCUCCCCGCGUCUGCGUGGGUUUCCUCCUAGUGCUCCGGUUCCGUCCCACAGUCCAAAGAUGUGCAGGUCAGGGUGAAUUGGCCAUGCUAAAUUGCCCGUCGUGUUAGGUACAUUAGUCAGAGGGAAAUGGGUCUGGGUGGGUUACUCUUCGGAGGGUCAGUGUGGACUGGUUGGGCCUGUUUCCACACUGUAAGGGAUCUAAUUGUCAAGCGACUGAAAUAUACCCUGCAUGUGUCCUUUGGAUAAUCGCGGUUCCUGUGUAUUCCAAAAGUGGCCUAACCAACGUCCUGUCCAGACCCCAACCCCUAUACUCAGUGCUCUGACCAAUAAAGUGAUCUGCAGAAUCUGCGGGACUUGCUUAAUCCUGGGAGGUAAAUCACGUGUUUCUCCUUCUCUUGCAGGUGGAUCCAAGACUUCACUCUCUGUCCCAUUGAGUCUCCAGUCAGGUCCUUCAGCUCAACUGGUCUCUCUCAGUAUUUCUGACCCAUGUGAGCCUCUACGCACCUCCCCUUCACUUGCUCACACUUGAUUUCCCUUACAGCAGCAUUCCCUUCAGUUCCUUUCUCCCUGACGUCUGUAUCCAGCUUCUCCUUAAAUGCCGUCCACCUCGACCUGCUACUGUGGGGGUCAUUCCCGCUGCAGACAGAGGUCUCUCCUUUGUAACCUCUUCAAAAGAUUUACCGCUGACUUCCCCCUUCAGUCUUUUCCAUUACUGGGUCUCCCCGCUGUUGCGAAACUUGGAAUGGUUCAGAAAAUAUUUACAAGGAUGUUGCCAGGGUUGGAGGAUCUGAGCUACAGGGAGAGGCUGAACAGGCUGGGGCUGUUUUCCCGAGAGCGUCGGAGGCUGAGGGAUGACCUUGUAGAGGUUUACAAAAUUGAGGGGCAUGGAUAGGAUAAAUAGGCAAAGUCUUUUCCCUGGGGUUGGGGAAUCCAGAACUAGAGGGCAUAGGUUUAGGGUGAGAGGGGAAGAUAUAAAAGAGACCUACAGGGCAACGUUUUCAUACAGAAGGUGGUGUGUGUACGGAAUGAGCUGUCAGAGGAUGUGGUGGAGGCUGGUACAAUUGCAACAUUUAAGAGGCGUUUGGAUGGGUAUAUGAAUAGGAAGGGUUUGGAGGGAUAUGGGCUGGGUGCUGGCAGGUGGGACUAGUUUGGGUUGGGAUAUUUGGUCGGUACGGACGGGUUAGACCGAAGGGUCUGUUUCCGUGCUGUACAUCUCUUGACAAAGCCUUGUCUGAGGGUGAAAUGUUGUCAUUCCGGUUGAUGCGAGUGGUCCCCUGUCUGUUGUCCUUUUUGUUUCCUUUCUCGGAAAGGAUGUCGCGGACAUGGGCAGCGUUCCCGAGCCCCGCUCCGGAACGGGCUGUUCCGUCCUCUUCCAGCCCGCGGGGUUGGGGGGGGGGGAAGGGGCAGCUUGAGUGUAUUGGGAGAGUGGGCCGUUCACCGGGAGGGUGCCAAUGGGACGGGAGAGCGGUACCGGUAAUGGGGCGAGGGGGAGAUGCCUCAGACCGCCAGAAACACUGGGGCAGCUGCUCGCGUGCUCCUUUUGGAUCUCACAGCACAGGGAGGCCUUUCAUCUGAUUACCUCCCCGUCUCGGUCUCUCUGGCUCUGUCUCUGGCUCUCUGUCUCUCUGUGUCUCUCUCUCUGCGUCUGUCUGUCUCUCUGAGGUGACAGCGGAUUCCAGCGUAUUGCUGCUUGCUGGGUAAACCUGUUUUUCCUCUGUUUUCCUCCUCUCUCUCUCUCCUGCUCAAACCCCUGACCUUCAGGCCGCCCCUGACCUUGUCACUAUCAGUGAAUAGGGAACAGCUUUUCUUCCUCCACCUUAUCUGAACCUAUCACAAUCUUCCCCACUUUCACCAGUUGUAUCUGUGUGUGACCCUCUCUUUCUGUGUCUCUUUCUCUCCUAAGCCCCCUCCCUCACCACAUCCCAUUUACCCACCCCUCCUGUCAUGCUCCCACUUUCAAACGGUCUCGUUGUGUUUUCACUGCCUCCUCCCCAUCAUUUCAGUCAAGCACCUCAUCUCACGCUUAGAACCCCUGCAGUGUAGGAGUAGGCCCUUCAGCCCAUCCAACCCACACCUCACCCAGACCUCUGCCUGUAACCCUGCAAUUCCCAUUGGCUAACCCACCUAGCCUACACAUCCCUGGGCACUAUGGGUAAUUUAGCAUGGCCAAUGCCCCCUAACCUGCACAUCCCCAAUCACUAUGUAAUUUAGCACGGCCAGUUCACCCAAACCUGCACAUCCCUGGAUAGUAUAGGACAAUUUAGCAUGGCCAAUUCACCCUCACCUACACAACCCUGGACACUAUAGGUAAUUUAGCCUGACCAAUCCACCCAAACCUGCACAUCCCUGGAUACUAUAGGACAAUUUAGCCUGGCCAAUCCUACACUAAGGGUGGAUUGGCCAUGCUAAUUUACCCAUAGUGUCCAGGGAUGUGUAGGUUAGGGUAGAUUGGCCAUGCUAAAUUACCCAAUCCUACAUAUCCCUGGGUACUGUUAGGAUAAAAUAGGUUAAGGGAGGGUGGAGCUAUAGCUGCUGUUUGGGGAAUCAAAACUGUAGCUGUAGCUGCUGCUUGGGAAAUUGAAACUGUUGCUUACGUGGCCAGCUCAGCUGCCAACGCCCAAAUGAGCUCAAUAACAGGGAACGUCGAGCAAACGCGAAAUGUCCUAAUAGGGCAAUGCUUAGUAGCUCCGCGAAGCUCUGCUUCGCAAAGAGUAUAUCAGGAGCAGAUUUGGGAGGGGAAGGCAGAACGUGCCUUCUCCAGUGAAUGCAUGGUGAUUCACUGUAUCAGCUACGAUUCUGCAAUAAAGCCUGCUUGUGCCAAACAA